AAUUGUUUGCAUUACACGUGUCCGGUAGUCAAACGACGUAACGUUUCCUCUGAGCUGCUCUCUGGAGUGUGUGUGUGUAGCUGCAGCACAAUGUCAGGACAACAUUCCAAGCCCUGCCUCAGUGAGCCUCAGGCGUCUGAGCUGGUGCAGAGGCUCUUCAGCCUGACGCCAUCAGUGGUCCGCCCUCUGCCCAGCUACGAUGACCAAAACUUCUAUAUGGCCACGGCGGAGGGCGGCGAGUACGUCUUGAAGGUAAUGAACUCGGAGGACAGCAAGAACCCCAACAUGAUUGAGGUGCAGACGUACGCCAUGUCCUUCCUGCAACAGAACGGCAUUCCUGCCCAAACAGCCCUGCCCACCGCUCCUGGAAAGCUCAUGAGUCUGGAAGAAAUAGACUUUGGCAACGGCUGUCAGAGGUUCAUGGUGCGGCUGUUGACUUAUCUGCCUGGCACCACAGUUUCCAAGCUUCAUUUAACGCCCCAGUUAUUGUAUGAAAUCGGCAGCACAGCAGCCAGAAUGGACAAAAUCCUGAAAGAGAUGACACACCCUCACCUCAACGUGCUGCAGAGGGAGGGGUUCAAGUGGAGUCUGUCAAAUGUCCCUCUCCUGGAAGGAUACCUCUAUGUGUUGGAUGGAGACCCUCUUCAGGAGGUUGUAAAGUCUGUCAUUCAACAGUACCAGACCUCUGUGGUUGGAAAAUACCCGGAUUUCCGCAAGUGCAUUAACCACGGCGACUUCAAUGACCUCAAUGUGCUCAUGCAGCCUGAUGAGACUGACGGCUACAGGAUCUCUGGUAUCCUUGACUUUGGGGACUUGCACAGCGGCUACUACAUCCAUGAGUUAGCCAUCGCUAUCAUGUACAUGAUGAUAGAGCACCCUAACCCCAUUGAGGUGGGUGGUCCUGUCCUUGCAGGCUGGGAAAGUGUCCUCCCCCUCAAUGAAGCAGAGAAAGAGUGUCUCUAUGUGCUGGUGCUGUGCCGCUUCUGCCAGUCUUUGCUGUUUGCUCGUUACUCUGUGACCUUGCAGCCAGAAAAUGAAGAGUAUUUGAUGAUAACAUCCAGGAAGGGCGUCCGAAUUCUCUGUGAACUCCUGGAGCUCGGAAAGAAGCAGGCCGAGAAGGCCUGGUUCCAAAGUGCUGCUCAGUUUGCUCACAAAAAGUAAGGAAUGUGCGAAGGAAGCCAUUCACAGAUUUCUAAGCACAAUAAGUUGAUUCCACUUAAGCGUUUGUGCAAGUGAAUGAAUUCUAAAAGCAAAAGUUAAAACAAUAUAUUAGAAUAAGUGAGACAACUUGAAUAUAGAACUGAUUUGUUUUCAACAGAAACCAAACUAGAAUAAUAGUGCACAUUGCACACACACAUAAAUAUCAGUACCCUAAACGUGCCUGCUUUUUUUCAUCAAGAUCCAUGAAUUAUUUUGGGAGAAAUCAAUCCUUCAAAUGUAGAGGAAAACACAACCUCCUUGUUGGACAUAGACAUACAUGACAUAAACAUAAAAACUGAAGUGUGUCUGAGUAAGAGAUGAGUAAAUUAACAAAAACUGCAAUAGGAAAUAUCGAUACUAUAUGUUAACAAUGGAUUAUAUACUGUAAAAGUAGCCAGCAACCGAACCAAUAGAUUGCGAGUACUAAAGCAUUUAGGGGAAAGUAGUGAAUAGGGAUGUAUAGGAUAUAACUGCAGAAGCAACUCAAACCUAAUCAUAGAGACAGUCCCGGUAUCUUAAAGGUACAAUGUGUAGAAUGUAGUGACAUCUAGUGGCGUAGUUGCAUGUUGCAGCUAAAUACCUCACCCUCACCUCACAAACAUGAAAGGGAACCUGUGGAGGACCUGUAGUGGACCUGAAAUAAGGGGAGGCCUCUGUCGAGAGGACCCGCUCCAGAUGUAGACAAAAGGUCCAUUUUAGGGUUAAAUAAAACAACAAUUCAUAUAAUUUAGAUGAAACACACUAGUGAAAACCUCACUAGGAUUAAAGUAUACUAAACAUAUGCAAAUAAAUCCUUUUCGCCUAAAUCUUACACACUGUAACCUUAAAGAAACAGUGUGUAAUACCUCAGUAAGUGCCCAAGGUCUUCAGGGUUUAUGUAUUUCUAUAUACUUGGUUUACACAUUUCUAUGAACUUGGGUUUAUACAUCCCUAUGUGCUUGGGUUUAUACAUUUCUAUGUAUGUGCUUGUGUAACAGAAUAUUCCUCUGUAUGGUAAUGGUUUGCUUAAAUGAACAUUGGACUGUUUUUAUUACCUGGGACUCAUCCAGAGAUGAUGUAGGUGUGAAAUUGUCAUUGUAUUUUUAUAAAUUAGUAGGACCAUUUAGAAUAUUCUGUGUUAGUAAAAGUUCCUGUCCAAAUCCAGAAUGAAACAGGGUUUGAUUCUCUAUUUCUAACCCAGUUAAUGUGAUAUGUGUUUAAUGAGGAGAAUGUUCAGGCCACAUCUUAUGCCUUUAAUUAUUCAAAUAAAUUCUGGAUUCUGGAAGUGCACUGAUUGGAGACAUGGACGAUAUGUACAGUAUUAAUAUGUCAUAUAUAUAUAUGUACAGGAAUCAACUCCUCUGCAAUAAACUUUGUGCCUUCAGAACAAAUUUGAAUCUGGUUUAACAAAGACAAAUGUAAUGCUUUGGAACUUAUACACUAUUCCAAUGAUCUCUAUAAACAAGAGCAUUUCUUACAGUUUUUGAUAUGUUUAGUUAUAAUUAAAUGCUAUAACUUUACCUGUUUCUCACCAUGAACUGAACUGCAAACUGAAAAGCGUGAGAUUGUCAAUUUCAAUAUUUGAAUCCGAUCUGUGUAUAUAUAAAGUAGUGUGGAUAUUGCCGUAGAUAUUCUGAAGCGAUUGUAUCAAUGAUUGUUUAAAUUCUAAAGAAGAGUCAUGUUGAAUAAUCUGAAAAGUGUAAACAUGUUUGAAGUGAGAUGGUUGAUUGGAUAUGAAUUUUGAUGAAAUAUCCUGUGUAGAAUCACUGUUGUUGAGAUUUUAGGAUGAUUUUUCACAAUCCAAGAACGUUGUGAAUAAAACUAAUAGCAUUA